GCCUCGCGGCCCCGCCCCCUCCGCCGGGCCUCCAGGAGACGCUCCCGGGCGCGACCCGCGCGGUCGGCCGUUUGGGGUAGUGCUGGGGCCCGAUGGAGGCGGCCGUGGCGCUCACCGGGGAUGCGCGCGGGCGCGCGGCGAGUCAGCCCGGCGACGGUGGAGAGAAGACCCCAUCGGAGAGGAAAGUUUACAUGGACUAUAACGCAACCACCCCGCUUGAGCCAGAGGUUAUCCAGGUCGUGACCGAGGCCAUGAGAGAAGCCUGGGGGAAUCCCAGCAGUCCUUACCCCACAGGUAAGAAGGCCAAGGACAUUAUUGACACAGCUCGGGACAACCUUGCGAAGAUGAUAGGUGGGAAACCCCAGGACAUAAUCUUCACUUCCGGGGGCACCGAGUCCAACAACUUAGUAAUCCAUUCCGUGGUGCGGCACUUCCAGCACACGCGCAGCGCAGAGGGGGACGGGGCCGUGCCCCACCUCGUCACCUGCACCGUGGAACACGACUCCAUCCGCCUGCCCCUGGAGCACCUGGCGAAAGAGCAGGUGGCCGCGGUCACCUUUGUGCCGGUGUCCAAGGUGAGCGGGCAGGUGGAGGUUGAGGACAUCCUGGCCGCCGUCCGUCCGGCCACGUGCCUCGUGACGGUCAUGCUGGCCAAUAAUGAGACUGGCGUCAUCAUGCCCAUUGCUGAAAUCAGUCAGCGAAUCAAAGCCCUGAACCGGAAGCGGGCAGCUUCCGGACUGCCUGUCAUUCUGGUGCACACGGACGCCGCGCAGGCCUUGGGGAAACGGCGCGUGGACGUGGAGGUUCUGGGCGUGGACUUCCUGACCAUCGUGGGGCACAAGUUCUAUGGUCCCAGGAUUGGAGCACUUUACGUCCGCGGACUCGGUGAACUUACCCCUCUGCACCCUAUGCUGUUUGGAGGUGGACAGGAACGGAAUUUCAGGCCAGGGACAGAGAACACCCCAAUGAUUGCCGGCCUUGGGAAGGACAACGGAGCAUACUUUUUCCCUCUGCUGUUCCUGUGUCCCCAGGCUGCGGAGCUGGUGACCAAGAACUGGGAGGCUUACGAGGCCCACAUGAGAGACGUUCGCGACUACCUGGAGGAGAGGCUGCUGGCUGAAUUUGACAAGCAGAGAAUCCAUCUGAACAGCCGCUUUCCAGGGACUGAGCGACUUCCCAACACCUGCAACUUUUCCAUCCGGGGACCCCAGCUCCAAGGCCGUGUGCUGUUGGCACAGUGCAGGACGCUGCAGGCCAGUGUGGGGGCCGCCUGCCACUCGGACCAGGUAGAUCGGCCAUCCCCAGUGCUGCUGAGCUGCGGCAUCCCCUUCGACGUGGCCAGGAACGCGCUCCGGCUCAGCGUGGGCCGCAGCACCACCAGGGCCGAGGUGGACCUCGUCGUGCAGGACCUGAAGCAGGCCGUGGCCCGGCUGGAGGGCCCGCCUGGCGCCAGGGGCGCCUCAUAGGAAGCCCUUUGUGGGCACAAUGCAGACGGCUCCCAUCUUAAUCCGUGCAAGUCUUCACUUUGUCCCGGAGAGUCUGACACAGCAACUGGACUGUGCGUGCGUGUGUGUGCGUGUGCGCGUGUGUGUGCACCUGCAUGCGUGCGCGUGAGGCCUCAGGCCUCCUCCCCUGUCCUCGGGUCAGGCAGACGCCACAGGUGCUCAGAGGCCCAGGACACAGAUGCCUGUGCGGGACUGUCACCGUCACUGCUGCCCAGUGGCCUCGAUUGAGGUGGAGACGUUUCGGCCACGUGCUCCCCCGUGGGAAGUGGGAUGAGCCGUUUUUAUCCAGAAGACAGAUCCUAGUGUCUACAAGCGAUUGUCGGUCGUAUCAUGAGAAUAGGAAACCUGAUUUUUGCUGCACUCACGGCCUCCCCUACGUGUUUGCACAGCAGUCGUCUGUGUGCCCUCCCCUCGUGCCCAGGGCCCUCUGCAAGCCCUUGCUCGACAGGUGGGGGCCCCCCGAAGGUCAGGCCCCACUCCCUGCUCCGCGUCCUCCUGCUUCCCCAUCCCGCCUGUCCCUCAGCCCUCCGGCCACUGCGCCCCUCCCUGCACCUCCCCCCCACACCUCCCUGCACACAGCCCUCAGGCCCCGCAGUCUUUUCCUUUUGGUCAAUUACUCAGGGUUUCAGCUCGGACAUGGGCACGACUGGGCUUGGGGUCAUUCCUGAGUAGUGAGAGUCAGUCUGGCCCUGGCUCUGCCCACGUCGUAAUCUCAUCCACGGAAGGAUUCUUUGAUUGUCACAAGUGCUCUGUGGCGUCCUGGUACGCCUCAGCGCUCAGGCUCCUGGAGACACUUAACACAAGAGUGAUUUUUUAAUUGAAUAAACACUUGUCACGUGUGGCUUUAAGGUGUAAAGAGCUACGUGAUGACAUUGAGGCCACAGUUGUCAGAAAUUAGGUGAACUAAUAAAAUAUUUCAGUGCUUG